AUGGAAAAAAUGACAACCGCUGAGCAACAACAGCAGACACUCAUACCCAUCCCCGAUGAUCAAACAAUAUCAACAUCAUCGGUAUCGUCAAAGUUCUCAUCAUCGUCGAUGGCGUCGGAUGCAAAUAAAACAGCUUGGGCGAAAGAAGAUCGCAAAAACUUAAAAAGACUUGGUAGUGGUGGUCGUGGCAACAGAGAUGGUCGAGGCAGCGAAUCUCAUUGGCAUCAACAAAGCAAGUGA